AUGUCAUAUUUUGGUUCUGCAUUCUCAUUCGCGUUGGUUCAUUACCUAUUCGCCCAGGUGUAUGCAACGCAAUCAGAAGUAUAUACUUUUGAGUCCUAUGCAGAUGCGGAGUGCUCGGAUAGCGCCUUGACGAAGACCGACUACCUUACAGAAGUAACAGGUUCUGCUGGUUGUUACGUCUACACGGACGUCAACGGCGACGUGACCACCAGUGUUUCGAGCUUCAGUUUGACGUGCAGCGAUGAUUCAAACGACUACACAGAGUACGAGAGUGAGAGUUGCACGGGCCCUGCAGUUUCCACUGGGACGAAGCCUUGGUUCACUACGCUCAUGUGCGCGUCGCUCCGAGCCCGUAAUUUACGUUCCACAGUUUUUACUGCCCACUUGUCUUCAUCAUGCACGAAGUCGUAUCUCCCGACGCGGUGA